CCACAACCAUCCAUCACCGACGAAAUCCCCGAUCCUGCAUCAUCCACGAUACGAGAGCGCACCUCAUCUCAGGCUGUCUCGACCCUGUCCAAGAAACCCCAAAGCGAACAUUUCGGGACUCUUGUCAUCAUCGAAGUUGGACCUCAGAAGAAAGCGUACUCUAUCCACAAAGACUUGCUUUGCUUCUAUUCGGACUACUUCCAUCGUGCCUUUAAUGGGUCCUUCAAGGAGGCGGUUGAGGGCAAACUAUCACUUCCCGACGCAGACGCAGACCUCUUUUACAUUGUCAACGGCUUUCUCUACACAAGACAGCUUCGUUCGCAGGACAAUCAGACGGGUCCAGAUCUUGGUUUUACGACGCUUGGUAACCUCUGGGGUUUCGGUGAUCGAUACCUGAUGCCACUUCUUCAGAAUACAGCUAUGGAUGCCUACAUCAAGAGGGCAUAUACGUUGAAGGGAACUUUCUCUGCUCAAUCAAUAGCGCGGAGAUACCGAGAAACCUUCCCGGGCUCACCAUUGAGGAGGUUUCUUGUGGAUUGGCAGGCUCACAAAUCAGAACAAUCCAGAGAAAAGCUUGGAAAUUGGCCACAGGAAGCGGUGGUUGAUCUCGCCAUAGCCCUCUUCAGCAUGAAGCCAGAACAUCGGGGCAUCAACAAGGUGCCAAAUGAUCGUGGCAAGUGCUACUAUCACGUUCAUGCCGAAGGAGACCAUUGC